UCCUGAUUCUCACAACGGUUACUGUACUUCUCUCUUUCGAUUACGAAUUUCUUUUGCAGAAAUCCGAAUUGCGAACAUUGUUGUAUUUUGCUGCCGAAGAAAUUGUGGUUGUGGAACCGUAGAGUUUCUGUAGAAGCGAGGACAUGGAGGAUGGUAAGUUCAAUGCUAACCCUAGAAUUUCAUGCCCAGGUUUUGGGGAGAACGACGAAAACUGUUCGAGUCCAUAUCGAAAGAAAAUGGUCGCCACACAAUCGAAGUCGUCACCAACAGCUGAAGGAAAGAAAAUCCUCGGCGAAAGGAAUGGUAAUUCAGUCAUAUCCGAUGCUCAAAAUUGUGAAAUGAUUGAUUUUAAUGAGAAGAAAGGCUGUGUGGAUCCGAUUAUCUGUCCGUCGAAAAAUUGUAUCUCUGAGCCUUGUGAUAAGAUGAAUGCUGUUGUUUCGAAUGAUCCUUUGAGUCGUCUCUCCCCUAGGCGGCCUAAAUAUCUUCGGUUUAAUCCAAACCGGCGUGCCGAGAUUCUGAGUAGGUUAGGUAGUGAGGAGGUGAACUUGAAUAGGAUCAUAGGCUGUAAAGAAGUUAGUGACGAAGUAGAGCUGAAAAUCGGUGAAAAUGGUGAGGAAGUGAAUGAGAUUAUUAAUGAGGAAGAUGAUGAGGAAGAAGAGCCUAAGAGGGAGAGGGGAUGGUGCAUCAGGGGAGUGUUGAAACAUAUGUUUAUGUUAAUUGCUUGUUUGUUUUUUAUGUCGUAUAUUUGUCCAAUGAACACUCCAUUGCCGGCCAAACAAGCCCCUUGGAAUUCGACAGAUGGCUAUAUCAUGGUUCAGAAACAAUCACUUGAUUUCAUGAGUAUUAGUAUGAAUAUGAAGGAUGUUGAUUUCUUGGGAGGUAGCGUUGAUGGGGCGAUUGUGGGGGCAGAAUUUUACGAAGGUUAUGGCAUCGAUAGUGACGAGAUGGUUGAAGCUAAUGAGGAACUUUUGGAGUGGCUCGAUGAGACUGUCGCGAACCUUACAGUUGAUGAAGGCUUGAGUGAACCGACAGUUGCAGAAAGAGUCGAAGGAAAUGAUGCUGAUGGCGGAAAUGGAUUGGCAUGGGAAGAACUUCCCGUAUUUUCCGAGAAGUUGAUAACAGUCGAAAGCAAUGAUGUUGAUGCCGAAAAUGGAUUGGUGGAGAAUGUCGAAGCAGGGGAUUUCGAGGUUGAAGAAAUAUGGGAAGAACUUCCGGAAACAGCCGAAACGUCGAGCGAUUCGAGGGAUGAAUACCGCGAAAUGCAGAAACUGAGAUUGAGUAUCUUAGCUAUGGUUGGAGCCUUUGCCGGAUCAUCUCUGUUAGCAGCAACAGGUUUCCUUUACAGAGCUAAAAAUAAAUCUAGAAAAUCGAAACUGUCGACGAAGAAGAAGAAGAAAGUGGCAAUGGCAGCCACAAUGCCACAAUCAGACACAAUGGAGAAGAAAGUUGAGUUCUUGGCUAGACCUUCGCUUCUUCAUUCUGCCAUGGAAGCUCCAGCAGAGCUCAUCCACCAUCAUCUUCGCGCCCCGACUGUCGAACUGAUUGGCGAAAUUGUCGUUGGAGAAAGGAGAAGCCAUGGCAGCAGCACAACAUUCCGGAGGACUGAAUUCAGUCCGACUUCUCUGCAGCAAUCUCAGCCUAUUUUGACUCCGAAUCAGACGUCGACGAUCGAGCAUUCGAUGCAUCGAAGAAGGAAAGAGGGGUCGACGCCGACGCCCCUCAGGCGAUCGAAUCGACUGCGCAGCCGCGGAUCGGCAGCGGCGGCGUCGUCGUCGUCUCCAUGAUCAUCAAUUCUCAGUUCUUUCUGAGACCCCUUUCUUUCAUCAUCUUCUUCAAUGGCUGCUGCUGCAGCUAAGGUAAUUUGAUUGUUCUUUAGGAUCUGAAAUUUAUUUAAUCUGUUUGAUCAUGAAUUUGCUGUUAAUUCUUGAUUUGGCAUCCAUUCUGAUCUCUUCCAAGAUAUGAUUCAAAGAAGAAUCAUACAAAGUGGGCUAAAAAAUUCAAUCUUUGAUCUA